UCAUUUGGAAUAUCCAAAUUCAUUUAUUUAUUUUCAUCCACUCUUUUACCCGAUUGGUUUCUUAAAAAGUUAGAGAGAGUGUUUUUCAGUUUUAUUUGGAAUGGACCCGACAAAAUUAAAAGAAACGUCAUGAUCCAGGAUCUAUCAAACGGAGGAAUUAAGAUGGUAGAUGUGUAUUCGGCUGUUAAAGCCCAGCAGUUAUUUUGGAUAGAGAGAAUUAAACAUGCAGAUAAACAAGGAUGGUUUCAAAUUCUUCAAUAUUACCUUAAAAAGAACGGGGGAUUGUUUGUAUUCAACUGUAACUAUAGUCUUAAAAUGUUGAACUUUGAUAUUCCUCAGUUUUAUAAAAAUAUUUUACAAUGUUGGGAUUCUCUUAAUGUGAGAAACAGAGAAGAUAAUACGAAGUUCCAGAUCAUCUGGAACAAUAAACAACUGAAAGUUACUCGAGAUAUAAUCUUCUUUCGAAAAUUGUUUUUAAAAAGAAUUGUGUUUUUUAAUGACAUCCUUACUGAAGGAUGUACUUUAAGACGAUUGGAUGAAAUGAAAAGGUUAUUUGAUUUAAAUGCCAACGAUUACUUUCGAUUACAAGGAGUGUAUUCUGCUCUUUUAAAGACAAAAUUUUCUAAAAUAUCAUAUACGGACUCAUUUAAGAAUGCUGCUAUAUCAAAUGUUAUCCUUCCUGUUGAGUUGGUACAGCUAAACAAAAUAAAAAGUAAACAUUUUUAUGAUCUGUUAGUAGCAGAAAAAUAUGAGCGUCCUGUAAGUACGUUUAGACUUCAAAACAGAUAUCAUGUUUCAGAUAAAGAAUUGGUAUUAGCUCGUUCAUCUAUUCUACUGAACACUAUUGAUGUAAAAUACAGAGAAUUUCAGUUCAAAGUAUUGAACGAUAUUUUAAACUUGAACUAUAAGUUGUAUAAAAUGAAAGUCAUUACUUCACCUUUAUGUUCUUUCUGUAAUGCAGAAAUUGAAACGAUCGAACAUUUAUUUUGGAAUUGCCCAUUUACACAGUUAUUUUGGAAUCAGCUAGGAAAAGAACUCACUAUGUUUGAUUUUUCAUUAUUAACCGAAAAAAUGUAAUACUCGGUAUUUUGUCAAUAAAAUGUCUUCUUUUUAAUCAUGUUUUAGUUAUUGCAAAGAAACCAAUUUAUCUAAGUAGAUGUAAAUCAUGUAAACCAACAGUUUCUGAUUGUGUUGAUUUGUUAACUCGAUCGUAUAAAAUGGAAAAGAAUAUAGCAAUUCGAAAUAACAAAAGGAAUGUCCGCGAACGCAGGUGGCGAGACAUGGUACAGUGGUUAUCC